UAUAGACUGUUCUUCAAUGUGGCACAAGAUUUGCUAUAAGAAGGCCAAGAGAAUUGAUACACUCCCUUCAUUGGUUUCAGAUGAGUCCACUUCCAGUGACGUUCAGAAGAAGAAUACAUACCUGACUCUGUCAGUAACUCAGAUUAUUUAUCGGAACUUGAAAUAGAUGCCCCAAAAAUUCUUAAAAGGACUGGUCUUGUUGGUUUGGUUGAGAUUUUGUCAGACUUUCCAAACAGUGAUUGCACAGAGAAUGUCUUGGCUGAAGGUCUUGUUUCUGAAAGUGAGGACCAUGGCAAAAAGGCGAAGAAACAAAUGAAAAGCGCUCUUGCAAAGAAAAAGCAAAUUGAACCACUUGACAUCCAACCUGAAGGCAGAUCUAUGGAGCCACUCGCUGGACCUUAAGCUGUUGAAAGCAUCCAGUGUACAUCAACAGAGAAGAAAAACUGCUUUAUUUGUGGAAAGUCCCAGUCUAAGAUUGCUCGACACUUAAAAGUCCAUGAGAAGACAAAUGCUGGGUCGCUCAAGCUUUUGCACUACCAAAAGCAUCAAAACUGCAGCAAAAAAUACUAGAACAGUUAAGGAAUAAGGGAAACAGUACUCACAAUAAAGAAGUUAUCGAAAGUGGCAGUGGACUGCUAAAAAUCAAACGCAAACCCAAACUAACAUAUGACACAAACCAGUAUGUUCACUGCAUGUAUUGCCAGGGACUGUACCUUCGGAACCAUCUUUGGAGGCAUGCCCAUAAAUGUGCAUCAAACCAGAAACGACUGAUCAGAAGGGACCAAAAAGGAUCUUGAGCUUGGCCUCAAUGGUGGACUCUCCACUAUGUCAACAAAUAUCCCAAGGUGUUUGGAAGCUCCUAACAGUGAUGAAAGAUGAUGAGGUGUCUGCUGCUGUGAUAAGUGACUUUUACAUUCUACAGCUUGCCCAAUCAUUCUUUAAUAAACAUGGUCAAGAUCCCUCCAAGCACGAGUAUAUUUCGCGAAAGAUUUGUGAAGUUGGAAGACUUCUGCUAAUCCAGCGCAAAGAGUUUUCCAUCUUCAACAUUGAAGAUGCUGUCAGGCCAUCAAACUUCCAUAUACUCAUCCAAGGAGUCAAGAAAGUAUCUGGCUUUCAUGAAGACAGUCAUUCCUAUCAAACUCCAAGCCUUGCUCUAAAAUUAGGACACUCGUUGCACAAGAUCAGUGACCUUAUAUGCUGCCCAGCUUUAGUUUCGGGAAACGAUGAGCUUAGAAAGUCAUGUCAGGCUUUCAAAUUGCUUUACUCAUCUAAGUGGUCUGAACUUGUAUCUCACGCAGCUAAAACCACCUUGAGAGGCACGCGCUUUAACAAGCCUUCCACACUCCCUUUCACUGAGGAUGUUCAGCGUCUUCACCAGCAUUUGGAAAAGAUCACAAAUUCAGCAUCUGAGACUUUGAGAAGUGAACCAUCAACCCAGAACUAUAAGGAACUGCGCAGAACUACAUUGGCCAAACUCAUUUUGUUCAACCGAAGAAGAGGUGGAGAAGUUUCUAAAAUGCUACUGUCUGCCUUUCUAGAGAGGGACACCACUCCCUUGCAUAAAGAUGUUGCAGUAGAUCUUAUUGAGUUUGAACGAAGACUUUGUGCCCAUUUCAGCAGGGUUGAAAUUAAAGGAAAAAGGGGAUGAAAAGUUGCUGUGCUUUUAUCACCAGACGUGGUUGAAGUCAUCACCCAGCUCAUUGGUAUAAGAACAGAGUGUGGAGUGCCAGCCGAAAACCCUUUUCUUUUGGCAAGACCCAACUGUCUCACCCCUUACAGAGGACAAGACUGUCUUAGGGUUUAUGCAAAUGAUAGUGGUGCCCAAAAUCCUGAACUCUUAAGAUCAACACAGCUUCAGAAGCAUGUUGCAACAUUGUCCCAAGUGUUAAACUUAAAAAAACCAUGAACUGGACCAAGUUGCAGACUUUCUUGGACAUGAUAUACAUAUUCAUAGAGAUUAUUACAGGCUACCAGAGGCUUCAACUCAGCUGGCAAAAAUUUCUAAAUUGCCUCUGGCAAAACGCUGGAGGAAAUUGAAAUUGAAGGUACUUUUCAAAGUUGCUUAUACUUGUUUGGAUUAGCGUCCCUAUUUGUCACUGAAUUAGUUUUAAUCGUUUUAGAUAAGUUAGAACUGACUGACUCUGAAAGUGGACAAAGUGAGGUUGAUUGUGACCCAUCCCCACUUGCAAACAUUCCUCAAUGCUCUAAAAAUCGAGAGCCUAAUGAGUCUUCUGAUGGUAUGAAUUUGAUCAGGCUAAAGCAAUAUUACUUGUAGUUAAAGUUAGACAUUAAUGUGUGUUCUGUUUACUUAUCCAGCUAAAGAUGGUUCAGGAAAAAGGAUAUCACAAGAUUUUUCUUCACCCUCCUAGACAGCAAUGUUGAUCAGCCAUGCUACCUGUUGAGCAGCCCUCAGGCACAGAAGGAUGCAGCAGAGCUAGAUCCCUCGAUUCUCCAGGGAUGCCUUCUGGAAGUGGAAACCAGAGUACUACUCCACCAACUGAGAAACCUUCAGAUGCUCAAGAUGCUUUUCCAGAAAAGGAUCAUCCUCAGAGAAACCAAAAGCGGCCCUGGUCCCCUAGAGAAAUUGCAGCAGUGAUGAAACACUUUCGGAAGGACAUUGACACUGGGAAGCUGGCAAGUUUUGUUGAAAUUCAGCAGUGGAAAGAGUCAGAACAUCCUGCUUUAAAAAAAUCGUUCCCUACAAAACAUAAGAGACUUUGUCAGAAAUCGUGGGGUGGCAAAAAGAAGGAAAAAAAUAAACUAAAAAUGUAUGUUAAAUCUUCAGCUAAGAUGCACUAAACAAAGAUUUAAGAACUUAGGAACAGGUGUUCUUUUUGUUUAACCCCCCCCCCCCCCCAGAAGUUCAGCUCUUAGAGUGGUAUAAAAGGCUAGUUGCAUUGGAGAUUAUGCACUGGUAAACGUACAUUUAAAGGAAAGUGUUCUGUUUUUCAGCUUCAACAUUGUGUUUUGCAGUACUAUUUGAUAUGUGCAUAUUUUUUUUAAAGUAGGUCCAAGAUUAAUGUUGAGCUAAGAGACUGAACAGAACUUGAACUCUUCAUCAUCUGCAAAUAAAUACAGUUUGGUUUUCAGGUUUUUGAGAACGACAAAUUGUAUUAGAAGCUAAAUGUUAAUGUUUACUUCAAGGUAACAUACUUUUUUAAGUUGAGCUUCGCAUUUUGAAAAGACAAAUCUUUGUAGAAUUCUUUUGGGGCUCACUUUAAAUGGAAAGAACUGUGGGACUAAUAUUGGGGGAGAAAAGUGUUCCUAAAACCUGCUUCAACGAUGGAUUGGAGUUCAAAGCUUUUGUGAAAAUGUUUUUUUUUUUUUAAUAUGAAGCUUGAUUG